AUGGACGUUUUCACGUCGUUCUCAGGGGAGCCUGUGGUACUCCCUGACCGGUUCGCGGCACUGAAGCGUCAUAUAUGCACUGAUCCGGAGAGAAUGAUGCACUCCUGGCAGGGGCUUUUGCGAGAACUGGAGGGGGCAGUAGAGGAAGUUGCAGAGAAAGGGGCAGAGCUCAUCCCCCAGGUGUCGUACUCCGACGUAAAACACGGUUUGACAGAUGCGCAGGUGAUGGAUAUUAAGAAACGUGGUGUGGUCAUUGUGAAAGGAGGCGUUCCUGAGGAGGAAGCACUCGGCUGGAAAGAGUCGAUCAAGGAGUAUAUUGGCGCUAACAGCGAACGAGUGCGGGGCGGCCCGCCCGGUAAAGUCGUGUUCUAUGAGCUCUACAAUUCGCCCGCACAAAUCCGCGCGCGUACUCAUCCGGCACUCAUCACCACGCAGAAGGCACUCAUGUCACUGUGGCAUGCGCCGUCUCAGUCUAUGUCACCUCUCGAAGUUGCGAGCUUGCGCACACCGAUCUCAUACUUCGACCGCCUGCGGAUCCGGCCACCAGGCCCCAGUGUGUUCACCUUAGGUCCCCAUAUUGACUGGGGACGGAGCGACGAGCGAUGGGAAGACCCCGCUUUCCGUGCGUGCUUUAGCCGCAUACUGGCGAGCGAGGACGGAGAGGGUUGGCGCUCUCAUGAUUCGUUUGAUGUCGCUCCGCGCUUGGCUUGGAAGCAGGACUUUACUGGCUCGGGCGGCAACUGCUCCGUUUUUCGCCCUUGGCAAGGUUGGACAGCCUUAUCUCACACUGGCCCUGGGGAGGGUACGCUGCGUGUACUUCCACUACUCUCAUUAACCACGGCGUACAUUAUUCUCCGCCCGUUCUUCCGCCUGCGAGCAGGCGCACCUCCUCAUUCGCUGAAGGCAGAGGAUUGGGAGAUUGACCUUGAGAGCACGGUUUUUCACGGAUGCGCGCCGAUGAAAACCCAGGAGCUGAGUGAACGCUCUCAUCCGCACCUCCGCCUCGAUAAGACACUUCUGUCCAUUCCGCGGGUGUUACCGGGAGACCAAGUGUUUUGGCACUGCGACACAGUGCAUGCCGUCGAAGAUGAGCACAACGGCGAAGGUGACUCAUCUGUGCUUUAUAUCCCGGCCGUUCCCCUUACCUACCGAAACGCCAUAUAUCUUCGCGAACAACGUGCUGCAUUCUUCAACGGCCUUUCUGCUCCCGAUUUCCCUGACGGGGAAGGAGAAUCCAUGUUUGUCGGACGCGCGACAGCCAACAGUGUCGAAACCUUGGAUGGGCAACGCCUAUUCGGCCUGGCACCAUUCGAAGUACCAUUUGAUGCCAUGCAGGGUGAAGCUCGCUUGAUCGAAACUGUAAAUUCUCUCUUAUUCUAG